CGUGGGCGAGGAGAGGGCGAGUUCCCGGCCGCGGACGCCGACCUGACCUAAGCCUCACGUCCGCCCUGGCCACUUCCCGCAUGCUGCAGGCUCCUCCCUGAAAGGCGGCGGCGAGGCGUGGGGGACGCGCCCGGGGACGGCUCGGGGUCGAGGCUUCCAGUCGCCCGCACUUCCUCUUGAGGCGCCCGUGCGCGGCUGUCUCGGCGGGCGGGAUGGCGGCGGCGGCCGCCCGGGGUAGCGGCCGCGCAUCUGCGCCCCGGCUGCUUCUGUUCCUGCUGUUUCCGCUGCUGUGGGCCCCGGCCGGGGUCCGGGCCGUACCCGACGAAGAUCUCAGCCACCGGAACAAGGAACCUCCGGCGCCUGCCCAGCAGCUGCAGCAGCAGCUCGCGGCCGUGCAGGGCCCCGAGCCGGCCCGGGCCGAGAAAGGAUUUACACCAGCUGCUCCAGUUCAUACCAAUAAAGAAGAUCCAGCUACCCAAACUAAUUUGGGAUUUAUACAUGCAUUUGUGGCUGCCAUAUCAGUUAUCAUUGUAUCUGAACUGGGUGAUAAGACAUUUUUUAUAGCAGCCAUCAUGGCAAUGCGCUAUAAUCGUUUGACAGUGUUGGCUGGUGCUAUGCUUGCCUUGGGCCUAAUGACGUGCUUAUCAGUUUUGUUUGGCUAUGCCACCACAGUCAUCCCCAGGGUGUAUACAUACUAUGUUUCAACUGCAUUAUUUGCCAUUUUUGGCAUUAGAAUGCUUCGGGAAGGCUUAAAGAUGAGUCCAGAUGAAGGUCAAGAGGAACUAGAAGAAGUUCAAGCAGAAUUAAAGAAAAAAGAUGAAGAAUUUCAGCGAACCAAACUCUUAAAUGGACCAGGAGAUGUUGAAACGGGUACAAACACAACAAUACCUCAGAAAAAGUGGCUGCAUUUUAUUUCACCCAUCUUUGUUCAAGCUCUUACAUUAACAUUCUUAGCAGAAUGGGGUGAUCGCUCUCAACUAACUACAAUUGUUUUGGCAGCUAGAGAGGACCCCUAUGGCGUAGCGGUGGGUGGAACAGUGGGACACUGCCUCUGCACUGGGCUCGCAGUAAUUGGAGGAAGAAUGAUAGCACAAAAAAUCUCUGUCAGAACUGUGACAAUUAUAGGAGGCAUCGUAUUUUUGGCGUUUGCAUUUUCUGCACUAUUUAUAAGUCCUGAUUCUGGUUUUUAACACGAUACUGUUCGUUUAUAUUUAGUCUAAGAUAGAUGAACUAUGUACAUAGUGUAUAUUAUAACUAAAAGUGAUGGAAAAUACUGUAUUUUGUAGCAUUGAUUUGUGAGUUUGACCCAUUUAAUGAAGUAUUAUGUCCAAGAGAAAUAAUCACUGAUUCUAUUUGCAAAAUGGAUCUUUAAAAAAAAAAACCUGAUAUCUAUAAGUGUGGAUUUUUUCUUUUCUCCAGCAUAAUUAUGUUAAUAUGGUCUCCUUGUCUUGGCCGGGGGCGAGGUGAGAGUGUAUAUAGAGAGCCAUUGUUCGGCAGGGGGUCUGCCACUUGAUUCUCUUUCAGCACUGACCCCUUUGUAAGGAAUAUGAGUUUUGUCCUGAAUAACUGAGGUGUUUUACGGUGUUUGUUUACCUUAAAAUUUUUCCUGGGGGAAAGAAUGAAUUAAUUUCUAUCAUCUAUCUAUCUAUCAUCUAUCUAUCUAUCUAUCAUCUAUCUUUUAAAACAUUUUCCUGAGCCAGUAAGCAGUGGUUUAUCAGAAUAAUCAGAAGAAGUCUUUUCAAAAUUAGGUUUUUUUUUUUUGCAGUACGCGGGCCUCUCACUGCUGGGGCCUCUCCCGUUGAGGAGCACAGGCUCCGGACGCACAGGCUCAGCGGCCAUGGCUCACGGGCCCAGCCGCUCCGCGGCAUGUGGGAUCUUCCCGGACCGGGGCACGAACCCGUGUCCCCUGCAUCGGCAGGCGGACUCUCAACCACUGCGCCACCAGGGAAGCCCAGGUUUUGGUUUUUGUUUGUUUGUGUGUUUUUUUUUAAGAGCAAGAGAAAUGUAUUACUGUUAAUAACAUGACAAGAAUUGUCUGCCAGGUCCAUUCUUCCUCUUUUUUUCAAUUGGGUAGGAAACCCAAUAUAAUAACAGUCAAUAUUUGACCAUGUGGAAUUACCAAAUUAAAUAAAAGAGAAUACUGAGUGUAUUCAUAUUUUUUCUAUAUUGAAUAAACAAUGUAACAAAGAUACAACAUAAAUAAAAAUGAUAUGACCAGU